AUGCCAUUCAUUUCAAUUCGUUUUCCUACUCGUUCAUCCUCCGCUAAUCGUGAUUUCAACCACACGAACAACAAGAAGAAGAAAAACAACAUUAAAAAGGAGUAUUCCAAAGAUCGGAAUGAUCAAACGAUUGAACAAAUACCACAUGAAAUAUUAUUGAACCAUAUCUUUGUAUAUUUGGAAGGAUUGGAAUUAUUUCUGAAAACGAGAAAGGUGUCCUUUACAUGGAAUGAACUCAUUACUAAGAAUGAUACUUCACGAAAUUUUCAUAUGAAAUCAUGUGAUUUUUCUGAAACUCAAAAAGCCUUCUCCGAAAGAGGUAUUAGCCUUGUUGCAAAUUUAUCUCGGAAUUCACUGAGAUGUGAAAGUUUUUAUCAAUGUGCGAAAAAUGGUUUGUUUGGAAAUGUUUCUACACUUGUUUUGAGCGGCCUUCAUUUGGGAAUUGUUCGAUCCAAAAAAGAGAUGAUUUCAUUAAAAUUCGUUCCAUCAUUUCCUGGAAAGACAAUUGUUUCAAGAGGAUACAUCAAAAUACAAAAAGCACAAAUCAUAUCAGAGGAAGCCACUUUCAAUCAAGACGAAUAUGAGGGAGGGAGCGUUUUAAAAUUUAUUCCAAAAUUAACACAUUUAAAUUUAAGUGAAAACAAUUUUGGUGAUGAACGUAAUAAUUGGGUUAAAGAUUUAUCGAGUCAGCGAAUUCUACACUUGAAUUUAUCUGGAAAUGAUUUUGGCCUCGCGACAUGUGAAUAUAUUAGUACUUCAAUGGUAUUGACACAUCUUCAAUACUUAAACUUAAACAACAAUUCAAUCACUGAGGCAUGUUGCAAAUGUUUAGCCUCAGCAGAUUUCAAAAACCUUAGUGUGUUAAAAUUGGUAUCCAAUCGAGUGAAUAAUAUUGGCCUUUUUGCACUCUGUGAAUCUUCAUCCAUUACUGGAGUAUUGGAACAUUUGGAUGUUUCAUCGAAUGAAAUUACUGACGAGGCAUGCUAUGAGUUAGCGAAAGGAAGAUUUCCAAUGAAACAUCUCACCAUAUUUCGAAUGAGAAACAAUGAAGGAAUAACUUCGUUAACAAAGAAAAUGCUUUUGCAGAAUAGAGAAAAUAUUUCACACAAACUCACUGAAGAGAAUUUCAUAUUGUGA